CGUGCGCGGUCGCGCCUGCCGACUCUCCCAACGCGCCACCGCCGCCGCCGAAGACUUGAAGCUUUCAGUUUUUCCACGACGGUGCGUCGCGUCGGUAGUCGCGAAUCUACAACGCGCACGCGAGAAUUGCAAAACUCAUCAGUUUUAAAUUCACGUGAAAGAAAAGUAUUUCAUUCAAAAGGAUUUCAUAGCCAUUAAUUCAACAAAAUACACUACUAUUAAUUUUUGACUUAAAAUAUAAACUGUGAAUAUGAACUGUGUAUUGUAAUUAAAAUUAUCAGGACGAUAAAAAACAGUGGUGUGAAACAUUUCUACCUGUAGAACACUUCCACACAUGAUAAAUGUUAAUUAAAGGUAUCUACAGAAGUAACAGCAAACGCGCGCGGCGGCCGAACUCAUAAUGACUGCGCGCCGCCGCCCCCGGCCGUGGCGCUACGCCGAAUUCUUAUCUGCUGCGCGCCACAAUGGAAGCGAUUCGCUGGAAGCGUAAAAACUUUCGCAACCUCAUCGUCAGAUAACAACACAUACACAAAAUAAAAAAAAAACAACAAAUAAAAAUAAAUACGAAUGAAAAUAUAAACAAUAUGAACUCAUGAACUCAUGAGUGUGCGUAAUCAAAUCGCGGUGCGAUAAGUGGAAAGUUUGUGCCCAGCUUGCGUGGGAGAAUCGGAUUGUGUGAUGUGUUGCAAGUCGAAGGGACUAUCGCGCCUCGGGGUCCUGCUCGGUCUGGUGGCGUUGUGCACGCUGGUGGUGGCGUUCGUCGGCGGCACGUGGCUGUACACAAAGGAGCCGGUGCAGCUGCCCAAGUCGGAGCUGACGACCUCGAUCAGCUUCCGCAUCGGCUUGUGGCGCGUGUGUCCGUCGUUGAAGAGGAUCAACUCAUCGAUACAUAUGCCGUCGCCGGCGUGCUCCCUCGUCAAGUACCAAGGCUGGCAUGACGUGAAGGCGUCCGAUCUGGGCGUGUGGGCGCCGCUGGACCUCGCGCCCGUGUUCAUCGCACGCAUGAGAGUGUGUACGGUUUUAUCCGGAGCAGCUGUUGGACUAAUUCUGCUUGGAUUCUUUUUCUCCCUGAUGGGACACUGCAUUGGUGACAAUAAGACGCUUAUUGCUAGUGGGUUGUAUAUAUUAGGAGCAUUGCUGCUUGGAGCUGGGCUAAUGGCUUUCGCCUCAGUGCUCUCAGAGACCGUCACCGAGGCGACCCAGUAUCACCGAGAGUCGCCAACGGGCCCAACGUACGAUUAUCGCUACGGAUGGUGCUUCUUCACCGCCGGCGCCGCGUUCAUAAUGAGCAAGAUGGCGGCGGUCUUCUCGCUUUCCGGCUAUCUCAAUAGGUUCGCCUCCGUCGACGAAAUGGUGCGUGUGAUGGUUCCGGGCGCUGACCGAAAACUGCGUGAACAUCAUCGCUUAGAAGCAGAAUUCAUCGAGAGACAUCAGCGUCACCAUCGUCAUCACCACAUGGGACCAUCAACACGUCCACAGUACGAUGCUCUGUGCACCAAAGAACAUUCCGGGUCGUAUAAUAAAUAUGAACCGGAAUGUGGGCCACUGCUUAAUAAGACUCCACCGGAUGUGUGUACCAUGAACAAGAGCAUGGAGUUCCCACAACCUCAUGGUGUACCUGGAUGUAUUGACAUUGACUGUACCCUUCUACCACCUGAUCCCAAUAUGAUUAGUAUGGGUAUGCCCAUGGGUAUAGGCAUGCAGACCUCUCCUAGUAUGGGUGGAGGAGUUGGAAGUGGUGGGGGUAGUCAUCUACAAUCCGGGGCAUUAGCAGGUCAAACUGUACCGAUUCAGAUCAAAAGCAACCAUCAUCCACAUGCAGUGACACCUGAAGGUCAACCAGGAUUACUAAUGUAUGCAGGAGGGGUACCCCCACCUGCAAAUUUCGCCAAUACGAAUAAAUAUGGUACUAUGCCACAUCAAGGAGGUUUUCACGGUAUACCAGCAGCAGAGAUUGCUAAUAGUGGUGCAACCAUCAACACCUGCACUGGACCUAACACUAGCUAUUGCAAAAGCAACACUCUGCAGCACCCACGCGGGAGGAAAAAGUGCGUAAAGAUCGAAACGUUCCAUCCGUCUGAAACAGGCUUUGCGGAUUUCACUCUCAAGCGAACGCCCGGAUCCGGCGCGGCAGCCGCCGCCAACUAUUCCGGCAGCGCCGUAUGACACGAGGGUGCCGGCAAGGAUGUGAAAACCGCCGGUAGUAAACCCUCCGCUAACGCAGCGCCAUCUCACGGCGCGCCACGCACCAGAGUGAAAUAUGCCAAAGAAACUAUCGAAAUCGACGAGGAGAAUAUUUUGUUAUAUCCACAUCUUGUUUAAACUAAACUAAAGACUAAUUAAAACCAGAAAAUGUUGAAAAUAUUUAAACUACUAAAAAAACGGAAAUGACACUCUGCCAGUGAUUAAUUAAUAAUAAUAAGUAUUUUAAUAUUUGCAAAUGAGGGUACGUAGAAAACAUUAUUAUCGUUAUUUGUUCGUGCGUUGCGAACGCCAUCUAACUCAUCAUAUCGUAAACAUAUAAAAAAAUAACUAAAUAACUAAAGAAAAAAAAAGCCACAUCGUAAAUGUUUAUACCUAAUUGAAUGUAAAAAGAUUUCGUUAUCUAUAAACGCCAUUAAUCGACUAAUCGAAACACGAAUGCUAAAUACUCAUUAAUAAUAACGUAACAAAUACAAAACGCGCCGACAGGCGUGCGCUCGUGCGCGAAUUUCGUAAUUACUUUGUAAUUGCUGUGAUAAAGUAAUUUUAUUCAUUAUAAAAUGAUAAAAUAUGAAAUAACAUAGUCGAAACGCGGUGAAAAUGGCAUGGCUAUCGGUAUCAGUAUGAUGUUUCAAAUAUAUUAUUCAAUAUAUUAUUAACAUACACAGAAAAUCCCCGACAAAAAUGAAUUCAUAUAGCGCGCAUCAAAUUACCAAUGUUUAAUAAAUUCUAUUUGUUAAUAAAAUGUAACUUAUGUUGUAGUUAACACCCAGUGUGUGUGCAGAUAUGCCGAAUGUUUUUGUUAAACCGAAAAGCGAAUA